UCGUUUCAUAGCGGAAAUAAUGCAAAAUUAUUUGAAAGCUUUCCGAGUUCAGAGCUGAACCGAAGACAACGUGAUUAUUUAUUUGGUGUUAAAUGUUUAAGUGAAAAAUUAAAAAAGGAUUACAAAAGUUCAAAUAUUAAAUUAAUUUAAUAGAGAAACGUAUUAAGUUUAAAUUUUUUCUAAUAAUGUUUAAAUUCUUCGUUCAGCUGCUAUUCAUGCUAAUUAUUUCCAAUUUGUCUAACGGCCGCUAUAUAGAAGAAAGCAAUGACUAUCACUUAUCACUACCGCCUCAACUGCCCCACACUCAGGGUGCGACGGCUAACAGUUAUUACAAUUAUCCCUAUAGUGUAGCGGCGCGACCCUACUACUAUCCUCAUCAUCAUCAUCAAGUUAGUUUGUAUUCACCACCUGGUUCGUAUUUCGAUCAAAGGCGAAGUGUAUUUCGGCCUUUUCCCGGCGGCGGUUCACCUAUUCUAAUAGAUUACCAUAACCGUUGUUCCGAUAAUUAUUUGGGGUUAAAGCCGCAUCCAACGCAACAACAAUAUUAUUACCUAUGUAAACCGGAUUGUGUGAUUUUUGGAAAAUGCCAAAAUCUACAGACCUUCAACUAUGCCAGCAGCCAAUGCGUACAGUCUAUGCCAGAUUACAUGACGAAUUGCUCAUCAAUGGGCAUUUUUCCCAUCUAUUCUGAUUGUCAUUUGUACUAUAAGUGCAAUCAACAGUUGCAGGCGCAUAUUUAUUCAUGUCCUAGGAAGACGAUCUUCUCGCCACAUUCAAAACAAUGCAUAGCCGGUAACAGCUGCUCACCCACUCAAAUAUCUGAAAAUGGUUCACUCUUCUUGCAAGAGAAUUGUGAAAAGAAAUUCCCAUCUUGCGUGCAAAAUGGUUUAUUUAGGUCUCCCUCAGAUUGCUCCUUGUAUUACAAAUGCGAAACGCAAAAUAAUGGAAUAUUUUUACAAACCCGAUUCAAAUGUCCGUCCGACAUGUUCUACGAUUUGCAGAGAUAUCAAUGUGAGGUUAAGGAGAAAGUCGCCUGCGAUUGUAUAUCUGCGGUAGAUUUGGUUUACCCGAAACUUAAUUACUAUCAGUUGCCCAUAAUGAUGAAAUUCCCUGAAGAUGUUUUAGAAGAAAAUCCUUAUCCUACCGAAAAUGUACACAACAAUUGUUCGAAGCCAGAAGACAAAGUCACUGAAGGUUCCGGCAAUGAAGACUUAAUGACUGCAACCACAACGACAGAAAGCAUCCCCUCUAUCACCUCAACCGAUUUGAUGACUGUAGCCGAUACGGAAACUCAAGGUCAUGAAACCUACUUCGCAACGACAACUGAGAUAUCAAUCUCAGAUGAUUUCUUAAAAUCUUUCCAAGUUAUUGAGUCUAACAGUGAAGAGCCCGACAGUAGAGAGGAAUUUCUUGAUUUCAAUAAAAAUGCUGAUGUUUUCUCUAAAGAAACAUUUUUCAAGGAUCGUAAUACCGAGACUACUACGGACUUCACCACUGAUUUACCAGAUGAAAGUAGCACCACAACAGAAGCGAACGUAGAAGAAGAUAUUUCAACACAAACAGCUUUAUUAAGCACUGAAACAGAUGAUUUUUCCAUCGAUUCGUUGGCCUUGACAAAAGAGAUGGUAAUAACAACCCGUGAGCCGCAGCUAAGCUUGCAAGAACGUACUAAAGAAGAAAUCGUUGAGAAUAGGAUGAUAGGAAAUCGUACGGAACAACCGCUUAUUGAAAUAUUCACAACAACCAACGAGGGAGUAAAGGAUUUGGAAGCCGAAGAGCUAUUGAGUGAAACAACGAAUAUCGAUAAUCCAGAGGCUAGUAAUGGGAAUCAAGUAAAUGCAACCGUACCACGAUUGGAAAUUCAAAUAGAAGAUCCUUUAGAUGUACAUUUCGUAAUAAAUCCUCAUAGUUGUACACAAAGUCAUACACAUCGUAACGAAACAAAACAUGCUGUGUUCAUAAAGUGGUUCGCAAAUUCUUCAAAUAAGACUUUGGCUUUGGAAACCGCUAAUUAAAACUUAAUUCCCCAA